CUGUCGACUGUGAGCUUCAAAUUUAUCAUUCGACUUCCGAUGUGUCGCGCAGUUAUCGAUAUUCGUGCGAGCUUGCGAUUCGAUUGCUUGCAAUUGGAUCUCCUGGGAUUUUCUCGAUAUUCGGCGUUACUCUGUAUCCAAUUACGAAACCACCAAAGCGAUCCUCUGUGGAAUAGGAUAAUUUAGAUAUGUCGAAGAAUGCCAGUGGGACGUCCGACCUGGAACCGGAAGAACGAGUUCCCAUUCUACAGCUAGAUGAGAAGACUCUCAAAAGCUUGAAUUAUCUGCUGGAGGAUUUCAAAGACCGUUUCUCUAUCAAACCUUCCUUUUUCGUUAAAGUUCCAGGAAGAGUUAAUUUAAUUGGCGAGCACAUCGAUUAUUGCGGAUACGCUGUUUGCCCAAUGGCAAUCGAGCAGCACAUAAUCAUCGCCGUGGCUCCUACCGAGGAUGAUAAAGUUUUUGUCGCCAACACAAAUCCCAACUACGAAGGCUUCUGCUACAGUUUUGAACAACUGACCCAUACCGUCAGAGAGGGCGCACCAAUACAGUGGUCUAACUAUUUCAUGAGCGGAGUACAAGGAGCUCUCGAAAAGCUCCCGAGGGCAUGUACACCUAAGGGAUUCAUAGCCCUAGUUGACGGAGACAUUCCUCCUAAUGCGGGCCUUUCGAGCUCCAGCGCUUUGGUUUCUGCCGCGCUGCUGUUGACCAUGCAUGUCAAUAAGCAACCAUUGCCGAAAUGUCGACUGGCUGUCCACAGCGCCAACGCCGAAAGGUACGUCGGCACCAUGGGUGGCGGUAUGGAUCAGGCAAUCGCCUUUCUUGGAGAACAAGGUUCUGCAUUGCUAAUCGAAUUCAACCCGCUACGUAGCAGCGAUAUCACGUUACCGGAAACCGCAGUGUUCGUAAUAGCCCAUAGCCAGACAUGUCACAACAAAGCGUCCACGAGGGAUUAUAAUUUAAGGGUCAUGGAAUGUCAACUUGCUGCACUGAUGAUAGCAAACAAAAGAAACAUGCCUUUGGAACAAGUAAAAAGAUUAAGCAGCGUUCAAGAUUUCCUAGGUGCGAGCUUAGAAGAAAUGGUGUCCAUAGUAGCAGCUGACUUUCACGAAGAACCGUACACCAUGGACGAGAUCUGCAAAAAUCUGGGCGUUACGGAAGAUAGGUUGAGGAGCCUGUCGUUAAGAGAUUUUAACGAUUCACAAACCUUUAAAUUAAGGCAAAGAGCUUUACAUGUCUUUCAAGAAGCAGCAAGGGUGAUAGAAUUCCAACGCGUCUGCGAAGACAGCACCAUGACGGAAGAAGAGAAGCUUCGACGGUUAGGCGAUCUGAUGUGCAAGAGCCACGAGAGUCUUCAGAAACUGUACGAGUGCAGCCAUCCAAGCGUUGAUGCACUCGUCGAAAAGGCCAUGAGUUGCGGUGCACUCGGGGCAAGACUCACGGGAGCAGGGUGGGGCGGAUGUAUAGUGGCCAUCACGACGAAAGACAAGGUUUCGGAAUUUGUGGACAAACUGAAAACGGAGAUGAUGAGAUGUGGAGUGAAGCAGAGGUUCCAAGUGGAGGAUCUGGUAUUUCCAACGGAACCGAGCCAGGGUGCUGUAAUUUACACGAGUUAAACUUUUAUAAACCUGUAUCCAUACUCUUCGUACAUUUUGUAAAUGACUGCUCAAAUACUUAUGUAAUUUUCUACGUGCAAUAAUAGUGUUAUUGUUUGUGCGGUCGUACGCGAAUAAAGUAUAAUUCUUGCCAGAUA